AUGAGGCCAGCGCGGGGCCGAGGGAACAGCGGCGGCGGGCCAGCGCUCCCGCCCCCUCGCCCGCUCCCGCUCCUGCUCCUGCUCCUGUUCCUGCCGUCGCUGCGGGCCGACGUGGCCGCCCCGGCGCCCGGGGAGCCGUGCUGGGAGGCGCUGCUGCGCUGCCAGGGGGAGCCGGCGUGCGGCUCGGCCUACGGCCAGAGCCAGGCGGCGUGCCAGCCGGUGCUGGGGGGCGCGGGCGGCUGCCCCAGCCACUGCGUGGCAGCGCUGCUGCAGCUCAACGGCACGCGGCGCGGGCCGGCCCUGGAGCGCUGCGAGUGCGGGCCCGACGUGCGCUGCCGCCGCCUCAAGGCGGCCCUGGAGCCGUGCCUGCCGCGGCCUGCGCGCGGGGGCCUGGGCUGCACGGCCGCCCGGCGCCGCUGCCAGGCCGAGCCCGCCUGCCGGGACACUCUGGCCUCCUACUUGGCCCGCUGCGGGCAGCUGUUCAACGGGCGCCGCUGCACUGCGGCGUGCCGCGCGGCCAUCGGGGCGCUGCUGGCCACGGCCGGGGGCCCCCUGCUGGAGCGCUGCGUGUGCGACGGCGCCGAGCGGCCCUUCUGCCAGGUGCUCAAGGACAACAUGGGCCGCCUGUGCUUCGGGCCCGCGGCCGCCGCCGCCGCGGCCGAGGCCGAGGACGACGACUACGAGGACGAGGAGGAGGCGUCCCCGCGGCCGCCGCCGCCCCCUCCCCACGGUCCCCGCGGGACUCUGUGGGGCCGCUCCCGGGCCGAAGCGCUGCGGCCGGGGCUGGGCCAGGAGGGGGGGCUCCCAGGAGGCGCCCUGGCCCUGGGCCUCCUGGGGCUGGCGCUCUGGCUUCUCUGCGGCCUCUAA